CGCACCACCGACGAAGGAAAAUUCAGGAAGUCAUCGUACGGCGUCCGGAGGGAUUCGAAACACAUGGAAGGCGACGUCACCAACGUGAACAGAAAAUGCUCGGCCGUCACCGGAAGUGGCCGCAAACUGAAGGACAACGCAGCCGACUGGCACAACUUAAUGCUGCGCUGGGAGAAGCUCAACGAUGAAGGCUUCACCAUCGCGUCAAACAUCGUCAACGCCAGGAGAAGCAGCGCCUCUGUCUCACCCCUGUGCAGCGGCGAGGCGGAAGGAUCUUCGGGGGAUCUCGUGCUGGGGAACUCGGCGCUUCGUGAGGAAUGUGAAAAACUGGAGGACGUCGUCAACAAAAUGGCGGCCAUCGUGGCCAAGAUGGAGCGGCUGAUGGCGUCGCAGCGAGGCCUGGUGGACCUGGAGGAAUUUCAGUUUGGGCCCCAAGGCAGGAAGGUUCCGCUCUUCCACGGCUGGAAUGCCAAAGACUUUGUGUCUUCGUGCGGCCUCCUGCUGCGGUCGUUCACGUCGGAGCUGCGUCUGAAGCGCGUCCUGCUCCGGGAAGUGGCGCACUGCGCCGACCGGGACCUGAGCUUGGUGUACCUUUCGUGCUGGCUCCACCAGCCGCUGGUGCCGGCGCGCGCCCGCCUGGCCCUGGAGGCGGUCCUGCUGGAGACGGGCCAGCGACACCUUCCCGGUUGACAAUGGCUUUUAUUGUGAAAACAGGAAGCGAGACCAACGAGCGCCGGCCGGGCGUACACGAGCCCAAAAGUCGUAAAAAUAGCGCAGCUUUGUUUCUCACAUUUAUCUACAUAUUCACAACGCAAAUAUGAAAAGGAACAUUUACAACAAGCUCUUAAAAAUCAAAUCAUCGCUUGACGGUCGCGCUCCGAAUCAUGUUUGGAUCGCAACGGUGUGGAGGAGAAGAGCGCAACGUGAGAAAUAAAUAGGAACC